AUGGAAGGUCCGAUUGAGUCUGCAACAUCAGCAUCCUGCGAGCGGUCCUUCAGCUCCAUUAAGCGUGUUAAGACAUACAUGCGCUCUACCAUGGGCGAGGAUCACCGGACAGCGCUUGCAGUGCUCCACAUCCACCGGGAAAAUGACUCUAAAUUACUGUGGGACAUGGAGAGAUUGCUCAAUACCAAAAACGCUAAAGCCGACGUUUCAAAGGAGCGAAACCAUGCUGCCGCUACGGGGGGAGGACCACCAUUGACUGAAAUGUCGCAGACCUCGCAGGCGGUGGCGAGUCUGUUUGCCCACUCGGCAUCGUUUCAUGGCGUCGUGGACGACGCAGAUACCGUCAUCGCGGUUACUCCUCCAUUGCCGGGGUUCCUGGGCCUGCCCAUAAUGGAGUUAUUAACCGCCAUGGACAUCCCGGAUCCAAACUCUGAAAAGGACACAGAAAGACUAAAGGAUGUGUUUAGGAAAAGGAUAGAACAAAUGAAAAGAACAAAUUUUGAAAAAGACAAAGAGAAGGUAAAGGGAGUUAUCAGAAAAAGGUCUCAGAGAAUUAAUAGAGCAGAUUCUGAGAAAGACAAAGAGAAACAAAAAGACGUGUUCAGAAAAAAGUUUGAAAGAAUGAAUAGAGCAGACUCUGAAAAAGACAAAGAGAAACAAAACGAUGUGUCAAGGAAAAGAUCUAAAAGAAUGAAUAGAGCAGACUCUGAAAAGGACAAAGAGAAGGAAAAGGAUGUGUUCAGGAAAAAGAUACAACAAAUGACAAGAACACAUUUUGAAAAAGACAAAGAGGAGGACAAGGGUGUUAUCAGAAAAAGGUCUGAGAGAAUUAACAGAGCAGACUCUGAAAAGGACAAAGAGAAACAAAAAGAUGUGUACAGGAAAAGGUCUAAAAGAAUUAAUAGAGCAGACUCUGAAAAGGACAAAGAGAAGGAAAAUGAUGUGUUCAGGAAAAGGAUACAAAAAAUGAAAAGAACUCAUUUUAAAAAAGACAAAGAGAAGGAAAAGGGUGUUAUCAAACAAAGGUCUGAGAGAAUAAAUAAAGCAGACUCUGAAACAGACAAAGAGAAACAAAAAGAUGUGUCCAAGAAAAGGUCUAAAAGAAUGAAUAGACCAGAGUCUGAAAAAGACAGGGAGAAACAAAAAGAAGUGUCUAGGAAAAGGUCUAAAAGAAUGAAUAGAGCAGACUCUGAAAAGGACAAAGAGAAGGAAAAUGAUGUGUCCAGGAAAAGGUCUAAAAGAAUGAAUACAGCAGACUGUGAAAAGGACAAAGAGAAGGAAAAGGAUGUGGUGGAGGAAUUGAAGAAGACCAGUCCAUCUGGUCUUAGACAUCUAGUUCCAAUCAGACCAGUUUCUUCCGAAUUCUUCCUUACAGAUAAGAACAUUGCCCCAGUUGAAAGGAAAAUGUCCCUGGCACAGAUUAGAAAUCUACAGAAUCGAAUUAUACUGGGUGACUUUAAUCAGCCUGGAACAACUGAAAUCUUCAAAAGAUUCCUACAGGAGAAUUCUCUCCAGCAAUAUAUAACCACUCCUACCCACGGCCUUGGAGACACAUUAGAUCUUGUCAUCAGCAACCUGCCAGACCUCCAUUCGAUUACAAAAGCUGCCCCAAAUACAGACCACCACCUUGUUUCUGUGAAACUCGAUAACCCUGGCUGUGACAAUUAG